CAUUCCAGCAUCAAGCUUUCCAGUAAGAAGCGUACCGUCGGAGCGAACUGUCGCUGAACGAUGAUGGAAAUAGAUAAUGCUGACGAUAUCCACGUCAUCGAGUGGCGAAUAGAAAACUUUAGCUCAUGUGCACUGCAGAAAAGUGAGAAACUGGAAAGCCCGGUCUGUACGGCGGGGAAUUUAUAUGGUACUUGCUGGACAAUAUCGCUUUACCCAAAAGAAAAAGACGAUUCGGAUUUCCUGGGCUGUUAUAUAAGAAGAGACGCUAGAGAAAAAUGUGGACCACACACAAUGCACGUAGAGUUCGAAUUUUCCUUGAUUACAUUUGACGGUCUGCAGAUGCAUAAAAAGCGCGGGAAGGAAGAAUUUGAAAGAAAUUUCAGUUUUGGAUUUCCAGAAUUCGUAACAUUGGAACGCAUUUUUUCCAACGAGGAGUUUUUUCUUCAUUCCGACGUGUUGACGCUUCGAUGCAAGCUUCGGAGACUUGGUCCGAAAAAGAAACAUAUCUCCGAGAAUAUCUUCACGACGAAAUUUCCCGUUGAAAGAGUGUUUGCUCAUUUGAAUCUCGAUAAUUUCCUGGAUACUAGCAAGCAGAAUCCUCGAGUUUUGGAUCUAAAAGGUACAACCAACUGGCUGCUGUCGUUGAAGGUGUCCAUGAACAAAGAAGACCGAGAAGGCGCGGUCGAAAGCGAAAAACCAGAACCGUCAGAAUCGUUUCUUCACAUUGUUAUGACGAAAAAGAACGUGACGUGUCCUCUCUAUGUAUCUUGUUGGAUAAAACUGUUAAACAACAAAAUGGACGUUGCAGUUGACAAGAAGUUGAGUCAUCUGUUCCGUAAAAUAGAUAGCCAAGAAGAGUGGAUACUUCCAUACUUCAUAGACACAAACAAUAUGCAGAGUGAUUGCAUGGAAGACGGUUCGCUUUCCUUGGAUUUCGAUUUCGCCAUUUGCGAACAGCUGCCUCUGUCUAUGCAGACGGCAGAUUUGACGCCUCUGAAACGAAAAGAGGAUCCGAAGGAAACAACCCUGAUGAAGGAUCUGGCGGAUCUGCACAGAACCGGAAAGUUUUCCGAUAUCACUCUCCGCGCGGAAGGCGAAAUGUUUUCAGUCCACAGAUCCAUUCUUGCGGCCAGAAGCCCCGGAUUAGAGAAAAUCGUCGGAAGUUCGAUGAAUGAGACGAGUAACGGUGAAAAGUGUGUUGUCGAAAUAGCCGAUGUCGAUAAAAAGACCCUGGCACUCUUGCUGAAGUUCAUUUAUACAGAUACCCUCCCCGUGGAGGACGUGAACGAUUUGAGUUGCUUAUCACUCUAUUCCGCUGCUCAGAAAUACCAAAUUCCGUCCCUUCAAGUCAGAUGCGUAAAGUUUUUGAGAAAUAAUUUGUCCUUUAAAGCUGUUUUCAAAGUUCUGGUUAACGCUGAGAAAUAUGAUGAUUCAGAACUGAAAGUGAUUUCUCUCGAUUACCUUCGACUACAUUACCAGUUCAUUUUAUUAACACCUGAAUGGCAGGCAUUCUCCGAAGCGAAUGAAGAACUUGCCAAUCAAGUCAUGAGACUUCUCACAUUGAAGAAACAACAUUAGAGGACAAAAUACUGAAGCAGAAAAUGUGACUUAAAUCUGCAGCUCAUCCACUUUGACCAAGUCUUUUUUUUUUAAGCUUCAUUUUUAAUUUUUAUCAUUUUUUACUAUAAUAAAUUUUAUUUUCUAAAAA